AGCUCGUGUAGUACUGCACUACACCAGCUCCCCGAACCGCUCGGUCGUUACCACGGCGACGACCAAAGCAAUGCUGUGAUUGGUGGGCUGCGAAUGAUGUCACCCGUUAAUAGGGAAUUCCGCCGGGCGCCUUGUGAAAAGUCCCAGUGCUGAGACCGCGACUCCGCCGUGCUGGGAAGUUUCUCUCAUCUCCACUCGCUGACUUUGUGUUUUCAGUUCAUUUAUUUAUUACUUAUGCGUUCUUUUUGAGAGAAGGUCGUACCGGAAGUGCACUCUUUAGUCAACAGAGUCAAAGUCCCGAGGUUGCAGCAGUCUGAGAUAAAUACGUCAGUUCACAGAUAAAGAAGAUAGGAACUGAAUGAAGUCGUUCAUACGAUUAGUUAGCACAAACAGCUGUAGCUCUUCUGAGCUACAUCCUGCUUUUUCAAUCCACACCACUGAAUCAUUUCCCUUUUUUUUGUUGCAUCAAUGAAACGCUCUUCCAUGUUCUUUUACCUCCAGCAGAACUCAAAAGUGAAUAUAGGUGAAUCUCCUUUUGUAACAUCCUCCAAAGAAUGUAAUGAAAUGUAUGAAUAUAUUUAGGACCGGUUUGUCAUAGAGGUUUUUCAUGUUUCUUACAGUCAGACGAAAUGUCUAGCUCGUUACAGAGCAUAUGAAGUUCACUGAUAAUCCAAUUGUUUUCUUUCCCACACUACAUAAAUCUUAAUCCUGUGUCAAUAAUUAACCACAAUGGGUACAUUGUUAUCAGGUCUGAACUCCUCCUCAGAGCGCUUGUUUUUAUUCUCCACGCUGAUCUGCAUGGCCGUGUACUUUUAGAUGGAUUGACGUCAUCACUGCUUACGCCACAGACAGAUCAGUGACAGGCUCGUGUGCUGGGCUCACUGUCCAUGAGUCCUUGAGGACACCAAAUACUAUCUUUAAAUAGAUACGCACUUUAAAUAUAUAUACUGUCCCCCCACCCCAUGCAAGGUGCACUCUGCUGUCUGCAGAGAGACAGUUCUUCUCUCUCUCUCUCUCUCUCUCUCUCUCUCUCUCUCUCUCUCUCUCUCUUUAAGCAGUAUGGAGCUUUGCACUAGUAAGUGUGUGUGUGUUUGUGUUUGUUAGAAAGCAGAAAUGCACCCAGAUCCCUUGGAGGCUGUUAUACGGGUCGAGGGUUUGCCCCUGUCCUGCCCCGAGAUCCAGCCCGACUUAGAGGAGGACGAUCUUGACUAUGAGACAAAGAGACGAGGGAGAUACCGUCACAGUUUGCACUUACUGAAGCCUUUCAGGAUCACACACAAGCAUCAGCACCCUGUGGACAAUGCAGGCCUUUUCUCCUUCAUGACCCUGCACUGGCUCUCUCCGCUGGCAUGGAAAGCCCACAAAGCUUCGUCCCUCCUGAUCGAGGACAUGUGGGGCCUGUCCUGCCACGAAGCCUCCGAAACCAACUGUCACAGGCUGCAGGCUCUGUGGCAAGCGGAGCUGAAGAGAAAAGGCAGAGAUGGAGCGUCUCUCUGCCGGGUUUUCUGGAGGUUCUGUAGGACACGCUUGCUGGUGGCGUUGCUCUUUCUGCUCAUAUCCACAGUGACUGACUUCAUCGGACCUGCUCUGCUGAUCCGAGCGUUGUUGGAGUAUUCUCAGAGUUCAGAGGUGUGGCUGCCAUAUGGCCUGGCUUUGGUUGGAGGUAUAUUCAUCAUUGAGUUGAUUCACUCUUGGACUAUGGCUCUCGUGUGGGCUAUUAAUUACCGCACAGCCUCACGCCUGCGAGGGGCAGCGCUCACGUUUGCCUUCGAGAAAAUCCUACGUCUGCGCAGCACUAAAGAUAUCAGCACAGGGGAGCUGAUAAACAUUUGCUCCAGCGACGGUCAGCGGCUGUAUGAUGCCGUAUCAUUGGGCUGCCUGCUGGGUGGAGGACCUCUGGUGGGGCUUCUCGCCCUGUCCUACAACACCUACUUCCUGGGACCAGCCGCAAUUAUUGGCUCUAUCAUCUUCAUCAUCUUCUAUCCAUUAAUGAUGCUGUCCUCCCGGCUGACAGCCCACUUCCGCAAGAAAUGUGUGGUAGUCACGGACCGGCGUGUCAGACUGAUGAAUGAGAUCCUCAACUGCAUCAAGUUCAUUAAGAUGUACUGCUGGGAAUCCGCCUUCGCCGGCAACGUCCACAAGGUUCGAUCAGAGGAGAGGAAAAUAUUGGAAAAAGCCGGUUUAGUUCAAGGUCUCACCACUGGCGUGGCUCCCAUCAUUGUUGUGAUUGCCAGCGUGUGUACGUUCACUCUGCACAUGGCCCUGGGCAACGAUCUCACUGCAGCACAGGCCUUCACUGUUGUGGCUGUCUUCAACUCAAUGACUUUUGCCCUAAAGAUUACACCCUUGUCAGUGCGUAGUUUAUCAGAGGGUGCUGUCGCCGUUAAGAGAUUUCAGAGACUCUUAAUGAUGGAGGACCAGGAGGUCAUAUUAGGCAAAAUGGAGGAUCCUGAGAAUGCUGUGGAGUUCAGAGAUGCCACGCUGGCAUGGAAUAAAGCUCGGCCCCCGCCGGCCAAAAGGGCAAAGCCACAGCCGGGCCAGAAAAGAGGAGGCAUGCGUCGAGUGCUCCGGAGGGAGAAGCUGAGUCUCUACAUUAGCUCAGAGGACGAGAAAGCAAAAGGAGGCCCGGAGCCCAAUGCUGAGCAUCUACUCACGCACAUGGAGCAGGAGAGCCCACAGAGCACUAUCUCCUCCACCCAGAGUGUGCGUCCACCGCUGCACAAAACCCUGCACCGCGUCCAGCUCACAGUCCGCAAGGGUGCGUUGGUAGGAGUGUGUGGUGCUGUGGGCAGUGGGAAGAGCUCAUUGCUGUCUGCUCUCCUGGGACAGAUGACCUUACUCGGGGGUUCAGUGGCAGCGAACGGGGGCUUUGCCUACGCUGCUCAGCAGGCCUGGAUCCUCAACAGUUCCCUGAGGGAGAACAUUUUGUUUGGGAAAGACUAUGUGGAGGAAAAGUAUAAUGCUGUGCUGGAGGCAUGCUGUUUAAUUCCUGAUAUCACCGAGCUACCUUAUGGCGAUAUGACUGAGAUUGGGGAAAGAGGAGCCAAUCUGAGUGGGGGUCAAAGGCAGAGAGUGAGUCUUGCCCGGGCACUUUACAGUGACAGACCCAUCCUGCUGCUGGAUGAUCCCCUCAGCGCCGUGGAUGCUCACGUGGCUUCCCAUCUCUUCCACAGUGCCAUUCGCAGUGCAGCAGGGGAAAAGACCGUUAUAUUUGUUACACACCAACUGCAGUACCUGGCUGAGUGCGACGAGGUGGUGUUGAUGAAGGACGGGCAGAUUGCGGAGCACGGCAUGCAUGCCCAGCUGAUGGCCCGAGGUCGUGACUAUGCCACGCUUUUCACCAGUAUACAGCAGGAGAACCUAGUGAGGAAAAACUUGAAAAACCAGCAGGGGGGAGAGGAGAAGGACUCGCCGCUGUGCGCUUCUGUCAUCAGUACGGCAGCAAAGCAGCCCGCUGAGAGUACGAGAGGAGACCAGCUCAUGCAGGCUGAGGAGAAGGGCCAUGGGGCGGUCACCUGGGCUGUCUACGCUACAUACAUCAAGGCUGCCGGAGGACCCCUGGCCUUCAUUAUCAAUGUCCUGCUUUUCCUCCUCACCACAGGCAGCAUAGCCUUCAGUAACUGGUGGCUCAGCCACUGGAUCAAGCAGGGCAGCGGGAAUGAAACAGUAUUACACGGGAACGAGAGUGUGGUGAGCAACAGUAUGCGACUAAACCCCCACCUUCAGUACUACUCCAGCAUCUACGCCCUGUCCAUGGGAGUGUUGCUGAUCCUCAAGAGUGUGCGGGGCGUCGUGUUCGUCAAGUGUACCUUGCGGGCAGCCUCGGCUCUACACGAUAAGCUGUUUAAGACUCUCCUCCUCAGCCCAAUGCGUUUCUUUGAUACGACUCCCCUAGGACGCAUCCUCACUCGGUUCUCCAAAGACAUGGAUGAAGUGGAUGUGCGUCUGGCCAUUCAGGUGGAGUUGCUGCUGCAGAACAUGACAUUGGUGCUCUUCUGUCUAGGAGUGGUGUGCACUGUUUUUCCAUGGUUCCUGUUCUCCAUCAUCCCUCUCGCGGCCUUCUUCUACAUCAUCAAUCGCAUCUCUAGGGUGCUGAUUCGUGAGCUGAAAAGGCUGGAGAACAUCAGCCAAUCGCCUUUCAUCUCUCACCUCACCAGCAGCCUUCAGGGUCUGUCUACUAUCCAUGCUUAUAGCAGGGGGCCAGACUUCCUUCACAGAUAUCGGGAGCUGUUGGACACUAACCAGGCUGCCUACUACCUAUUCAGCUGUGCCAUGCGCUGGCUUGCAGUGCGUUUAGACCUCAUAAGCAUUAUACUCACCUCCGUCGUGGCUCUAUUGAUCGUUAUCAUGCACGGACAUAUCUCUCCAGCGUACGCCGGUCUGGCCAUCUCCUAUGCCGUUCAGCUGACAGGUCUGUUUCAGUUCACGGUGAGACUUCUGUCUGAAACGGAGGCUCGAUUUACAUCAGUAGAGAGGAUCAAUCAUUACAUCAAGAACCUGGAGACGGAGGCACCUCAGCAGAGCAGAGACGCCUCUGCCCCUGCGUCCGAUUGGCCACAGAAGGGUAGCAUCAGCUUCCAGGAUGUGGAGAUGCGCUAUCGGCCCGAGUUACCCCUGGCUCUGAAGAACCUCACCUUCAGCGUUCUCCCAGAGGAGAAAGUGGGCAUCGUCGGCCGGACCGGCUCAGGUAAAUCUUCACUUGGUGUAGCACUUUUUAGGCUAGUGGAGCUCAGUGGGGGAUCCAUCAUCAUCGAUGGUGUCAACAUCACUCACGUAGGCCUGGAAGCCUUGAGAAGCAAGCUGUCAGUCAUCCCCCAAGAGCCUGUUCUCUUCCUUGGUACUGUCAGGUCAAACCUGGACCCGUGGGGCCAGUACACGGACGCACAGGUCUGGGAGGCGCUAGAGAAAACGCACAUCAAAGACAUGGUAAGCCAGUUGCCUCACGGCUUUGACUCGGAGGUGACGGAGAACGGAGAGAACUUCUCAGUGGGAGAGCGGCAACUGCUGUGUGUGGCAAGAGCAUUGCUCAGACACAGCAAGAUUUUGCUUUUAGAUGAGGCAACGGCAGCCAUUGACACAGAGACAGAUCGGCUCAUUCAGGAGACCAUCCGGACCUCUUUCAGAGGCUGUACCACGCUAGUCAUCGCUCACCGCCUCAAUACUGUCCUCAGCUGUGACAGAGUUCUGGUACUGGACAUGGGUCAGAUCCUGGAGUUUGACAGCCCACCAAAUCUGCUGGCGAACGAGAACUCGUGUUUCCGUGCCAUGAUGGAGGCAGCGAACAGGACUGCCGGCCAUUCGGAGAGAUCCUGAGCAGCUGUUGGGCACGCCACUGGACACAAGACUGAGCUCCCGGCCAAACCUCGCCUCACAGCAUGAAGCUGCUGGACAAGAAGAUGUUUGCUCAGUGAUUAGAUCAGUGUCCAUGUUAUUGUCCAGUGUUGCCCAGUGUUGUCCUGAACCGACUAGUUCAAUGUAUUUUUAAAUUCACAAGUGACUCGGAAAGUGAUUGAUAAUCGUUAUUAGUGUGUUUACUAAUUACUGAAAAGCCAUGUUUUGAAAAACACCAGCCUAGUCCUAAUGAACAUAUGAAAGGUUUUAGAUGGUCAUAUAACGUGUCAUAUAUUUGCAAAGAGCCUGGGCUCAGUUCCAGUAAUAGAAGUUUAAAGUCGCAAUAAGUUUCAGUAUUUUAUGGAGAGAGAAGUUCUGCUGUUGAAAUGCAUUAGAAAUUAGGACAAUUUCAGUUGUGAAUAUUUGCACUGCGUACGUAGUGGCGAACGUUUUUCAAAUAAGGUUCUUAUAAUGCAGGCAGAAGCAAAUUUUGCACAAGAGCAAACCAUUCAAUUUCAGUAUUUAAUGAGAAAUGGCCUUUGAAGUAUUUGCGAGAUUUGCAAUAAAUAUGCGGUGCUUUAUAAAAGCUGCAAAAAUGCACAAGAUGGCAUGCGGUCCAUGAAGUAGCGAAAGCACAAGAAAAAAAUAAACGACACGGGUCAGUCGUUCCAUUGAAGUCAACACUACAAAGCAGAAUAUGCCUCUGAUGGUUUAUGGUUUAUAUGUUGUGCCUAAUGCAUUGUGCAAUCAGUGUCUGUGUUUUGGAGAUGGAAAGCUGCAGCUGGGAUUUUACCUUCAGCUUUCUCAAGUGCUUUGAGAUUCCUGCUGCUGUCCUCUUUUUCAGCUCUGUUCCACCGCUGGGCUCACAUGUGGUUGCUAAAUGAAGACGUUUAAAUGAGUCAGUCCUCUCAGGAUGAACGGAGUCUAUAGAGGCUUUCACAGGAAGCUCUAAUGAAUCCUUUUUUUUUUUUUUUUUUUUUUUUUUAUACAAACACACCUGAUAUAAAGUUUGUUUUGUGUACGAAUGUGUUUCGUUCUGUCAAAUCACAAUAGCCCCGUUAGAGUCUUUCCUUAAAAUGCAGUUUGUAAGGCAAAACAAUUGCGCAUGUGUAGGUGACUAAAAUCACACAGUAAUGAAUAUUGUAAAUGUAGGAGGCCAUUCUUCUCUUUGUCAUGCUCCAAUAUUCGGAUAUUCCUCUGAGAGAGCUGAAUGUUUAAUUACACCGAGGAAGAAAGCUAUUUGCUUUGUGAUUGAUUAUUGUUUAUCUCGAAAUUAGACACAUGAAGUUGACUUCCGUUGGACUGAAAUUGUAUUGAAGUUUUCUUGUUGUAUCAGUGUUUUUUGGGGGAGGGGUUUACACAUUUGCCAUAAAAAUGCUUUUUUUGAUUAAAGGUAUUUUUAUACAUUAAAAUCAUCCCAUUUUUAUUAAC